AUGACAUCUUAUCAGUGUUUUGAGUGUGAAGUUUGUCGAAAAAUCUAUAAAACAAAAAGGGGUUUAAAUUGCCACAAAAGUGUUGUUAAAAGGUAUAACGUCCGUCGCGAAGGAUUGUAUGUGCUACCUUUAGAAGCAGUUAACCAAUUUAAGUCUGAUCUGAUUUACAUUAUAAGAACUAAGCUCAAGGAACAUUUUAAACAAUCAGGCAAACAAACCCUCUCUUUUCCGUGUUUAGAAAGCUUGUUUUUUGGAGUUUUUGAAGGGUAUAUUCAUCAUUUUAAUUACACAAAUGGCAGUUACAAGUGUUUUUUUCAGGGGCCAGACGCAUAUUCACAAUUAGCCUAUCUUCUUAACAAUCAAAAUUGGGGGCGAAAAUUUUUUGAUGAUAAUCAUCAAACAUUGGUCCUGUUAUUUGAUGCACAGGCUGAAGAAAGAGAGCGAUAUAAAAAAAAACCCCCGAUUACCAAAAUUAACAAUCGAAUGGAAAACAAAGUACCAAAAGGAUGCAAAAAAUAA